CCUGGGGCUGAGGUGUGACUGUAGGUGGAAGAAGCAGUCGUCUGUGUGGGGCCAUCUCACCAUUCCUGGAGGUGAUGCCCCGUACCUUCCUGGUCAGGAGUCGGCGUCCACAGCCACCCAACUGGGGCCACCUGCCUGAUCAGCUCCGGGGAGAUGCCUAUGUCCCAGACUGCAGCAACCAGCAGGGCCCUCCAGCACACCAGUCUUCUGGCCUCGGAGACCCUUGGGUAGCGCCCAUGCAGGGCAGGCUGGCCUCCGCUCCCGGGGGCCCGGGGACACUGGGCUGCCCGCUCUGCCUCAAGGCCUUCCCUCUGCAGCGCAUGCUGACGCGACACCUCAAGUGCCACAGCCCCGCGCGCCGACUCGUGUGCCACUGUUGUGGUAAGGGCUUUCACGAUGCCUUCGACCUCAAGCGCCACAGGAGGACUCACACCGGGAUCCAGCCAUUCCGCUGUGGAGCUUGCGGAAAAGCAUUUACACAGCGCUGCUCACUGGAAGCUCAUCUUGCCAAGGUGCACAGGCAGCCGGCCGGCUACGCUUAUCGUGAGCGCCGUGAGAAGCUGCAUGUGUGCGAGGACUGUGGCUUCACCUGCUCGAGGCCGGACGCCUACGUGCAGCACCGCGCCCUACAUCGCGCUGCUUGA